AUGAUCCUCACUCUUCUGUCUUUCAUCCUUGUCCUUGCUGGACAGACAGCGGGAACAAUUAUCGAAGUUCCGAAUGGAGCUCAGUGGGGUACAUGGGGUACACUGGAUAGAUGUGCUCCUGGGACCGUAGCAAAAGGCUUCACCCUGAAGGUGCAGGGCAUGCAAGGCUUAUAUGAUGACACAGCUUUGAAUGGAAUUCGCCUGCACUGUGUGAGAUGCCAGUCUCCGCACAAUGAGAUGACAAUCAAUUCUACCGUUGCAGACUGGGGAAAAUGGGGCCCAACUUUCUGGUGUCCAUAUGGCUAUCUAAUGGCCUUCUCACUGAGGGUAGAGGGCUCUCAAGGAAAGGGAGAUGACACUGCGGCAAACAACAUCAAAUUGAAAUGCUCAGAUGGUAGCAUUCUUGAAGGAAAUGGCCUCAGCUGGGGAACUUAUGGAGACUGGAGUGACAACUGCACCACGGGUGUUUGUGGAAUGGAGUCAAAGGUAGAAGAUCCCCAACCUGUGGGAGAUAACACAGCUCUCAACGAUGUGAGAUUUACCUGCUGUGACAGGGAACCAACACUACAUGCACAGGCAACAGGGCACUGAUUGCUGCUCUCUCUGUGAAAUAUGAAUUAAAAAAAAAAUAAACCUUCUGUUAGCAGUGCAGUGUGAUGAAUAUGCUUUCAAAUUUAAUGUAACAUCUUCAUUGAUUCAUGUUUCAUAAUUAUCUACAAAGACGCAAGCUAUUAAUCUA